GACCUGGGAAGCGAGAGUGAGGACUUGGCCGACGAGCCGAAGCUCAACGGGGCAUGGGCGCCGAGGCCAGCACCAGAGCGCGGCCAGGCCGAGCGCCAGAGCGACGCGAGAGGCAGCUGGCCCCACGUCAGCGCGAACCUCACCGAGGAGCUGGCGGCCGAGGCGGCGGCAGCAGUGGAAGCGGCGCUGCAGCAGCAGGGCCAUCUGGCGCCUAGCGCGGCCUCAGAGUUCGAAAUGGCGGUGGCCGGCAUGGGCUUCCAGGGCUCCAAGCGCGCCAUCCAUCGACCCGUCUUCCUCUGCUUGGCCCGCGGG